CCUGUGCCUGGGCCUCCAAAUGCCUUCACAUCCUUUUAUUUGUUAAAGUACAUUACAAAAAAGUGCGCAACCAUGCGAAGACACACAAGAAACAGCUUAAAUGGAUCAAACAAGGAAAAUAUGAUUGAACAGAAAGUUGCCGUCAAACGUAAAUUGUCUGACAUGGUUGAUCCAAAGGCCAAGAAACAACGAUUUUCUGAAUCAUAUGUCGAUGAAAGCAUUGCAGAUCGUGCCAAACGAUUAAAUCAUUUGCUUCAGCAAGUUGAUAGUUUUGCCAAUUCUAUGGCUAACAUCAGUAACAACAAUAACAUAAUAACUCCUCAAAACGAUAAGAAAUCAAAUCUAAGAAAAAGUAUGGGAAAAUCCAAAAGUGAAGAAAAAUGUAUUUCUGAAAAUAUUCAGAAUAACAACAGUUUUCGCUUUGAUGCCUCGCCAGACUAUAUAAAGAACGGCAUAAUGCGAGAUUAUCAAUUAAUAGGUCUUAAUUGGAUGAUAUCUCUAUAUGAAAAUAAUAUCAAUGGUAUUCUGGCAGACGAGAUGGGUUUGGGUAAGACAUUACAAACCAUUUCCUUUUUGGGCUAUCUGAAACAUUUUCGAAAUCAAUCUGGUCCUCAUAUUGUGAUUGUACCAAAGACUACACUGCAAAAUUGGAUGAAUGAGUUUGCAAAAUGGUGCCCCUCCCUAAAAACUAUUGGUUUAAUCGGAGAUAAAGCAACCCGCAAGAACAUAAAAAAGAAGGAAUUUUUGCCUGGUGGCUGGGACGUAUGUGUGACCUCAUAUGAAAUGUGUCUUUAUGAAAAGGCAAUUAUAAAUAAAAUCUCUUGGGAAUACAUAAUAAUUGAUGAAGGCCAUCGCAUUAAGAAUGAAAAAUCAAAAUUAUCGGUGAACGUUCGAAUAUUCCGCUCCAAGCAUCGCCUACUACUUACUGGUACGCCUUUGCAAAACAACCUUCAUGAGUUAUGGGCCCUAUUGAACUUUAUGUUGCCUGAUGUUUUUAAUUCGGGUGAGGAUUUCGAUGAAUGGUUCAACAGCGAUGCCUGUUUGGAUGAUGUCGAUUUAGUUCAAAGAUUACAAGACAUUUUAAAACCCUUCAUCUUGAGACGCUUGAAGGCAGAUGUUGAAAAGAGCCUGAAACCGAAAAAAGAAACGGAAAUAAAAGUGGGCCUGACCAAAUUGCAAAAGGAUUGGGUGAAGAUUAUCCUUUCAAAAGCACAUCUCAAUAUGCGCUUGCUAUGUACUUUUAUGCAUUUACGUAAAUGUACCAAUCACCCUUAUCUGUUUGAAGGUGCUGAAGAAGGUCCUCCUUUCAAAACAGACAUGAAUUUGGUAAACAAUUCCGGCAAAAUGAUGGUCUUGGACAAAUUGUUGCCAAAACUAAAAGCCCAAGGAUGCAAAGUUUUACUUUUCUGCACUAUGACAAGAAUGUUAAAUAUUUUGGAGGACUAUUUGGAUUGGCGUUCUUACGAGAUUGGUCGUUUGGAUGGCAAAGUAAAACACGAGGAUCGUGCGAAACAAAUUGACGAAUUCAAUGCCAAGGACUCGAAAAAAUUCAUUUUUCUUUUGUCAACAAGAGCUGGCGGAUUGGGUAUAAACUUGACUUCGGCCAACGUUGUAAUCCUAUAUGAUUCCGACUAUAAUCCUCAAUGGGAUUUACAAGCAGUGGAUCGUGCUCACCGCAUAGGACAAACGAAAGAAGUGAGAGUUUUCCGUUUCAUAACCCAAGAUUCGAUUGAAGAAGAAGUCGACAAAAUAAGCAAGAAGAAAUUGACAUUGGAUAAUUUGGUAAUUCAGCAGGGACGUAAUGGCAUGACGUUCACCAAUGACGUCUUACUGAGUAUGAUUGAAGUCAGCAGAAGGAAUGCCUAUGAUGAUAAUUAUUUUCAAGUAACCGAUCAGGAAAUCGAUGAAAUACUAAAGAAUGGCGAUGAAAAUCACAAAAAUGCUGAUGAUGACAUAAAACUUAAAAAUUAAGAAGUAAGUGGGUGAAUAUCCUAAGAUCCCAUUUACACUGCUCAUUAAAUCUGAAUUCAUGGCUUACGUCAUACGAUUUUAUAAAUGGAAAACAGAUGAUUGAGCCAAAUUGAAAUUAGCCACUUUUUUUUUAAGUUAUAUGGGCUGUUCUUGGCUUUCCUGUCUAAACCAUCAGAAAUCUUAUGAUGACGCAAUUAAAACCUAGAGCAGACCCAGUAAUAUUUAUUUUCUGUUAUAACUGUGUGAAUUUUCCUCCGUUAAGUUUGUCCAUUUAGAAAACUGAUGUACUGGAGUUUUUAAUAUUUAUCCAAAAAAUUUAUCCAAAUAGAGCAGACCCAGUAAUAUUUAUUUUCUGUUAUAACUUUGUGAAUUUUCCUCCGUUAAGUUUGUCCUUUUUGAAAACUGAUAUACUGGAGUUUUUAAUGUUUAUCCAAAUAAUCUCUGUCAAGUAUUAUUUAUUUAAAGAUUACAUAGAUAGACAAAAAAAAACGAUUGCCAUACUAAACAUCGACAAAGAUAACCACCUUCUUUGUCGAUGUUUAGUAUGGCAUACAUUUAUAAUUUUUUCUAAUUGUUACUGGAUGAAUUAUCCUCUGUUAGGUUUGUCCAUUUCAUGUAUUUUGUACUGGAAUUUUUAUUUUUGCCCUAAAAUUAAGUCAAAUAAUCUGGUGUGUUAUGUGUUUCAUUUUCCCCUUUAAAACCUAUAAAGAACUUGUUAUCAUUACACGAAUGAAAUGUCAAAUUAUCAUCAUAAGUUUUCUUAAAUAAAACCAAAGCAGUGCUUCAAAAAAAAAAAAAAAUAAUUUUUGGUAUUUGUUUACGUUAUAAUAACAAUUUGUUUUUAAGGGAAAAGUGAAAUUGAAACCAAGAACACACCCGAUACUCACUCAAGAAUUACAUUUAAGUAAUACCUGCAUAACAUUUUAAUUUGUAUGUGUGAAAAUGUCGAAAGAAAACUCCAAAAUAGCUUCAACCGUCUGUGUUGUUGUAUUAGUAGUGUGUUGUACACUGAGACGGCAGCCCUUGCCCAUGAAGGAUUCCAUCGGAUCAAUCUCGUACGUACAACCGGCUGCCAUGGGAUUGUUCAGCCGUCUAUUAAUUUAUGUAGUUUAAGCUUCUUCAGAAAUACAAUAAAUAUUUUAUUUAGAGAAUAAAGAGUUUAUCCAAUCGUUUUUAAGAA